AUGAGCGGCGGGGGGCCUGGAUGGGGGACGUUCUUCGGGCUCUCGCCCUCACAGUCUCGCGUGGCUCCCGAGGAGAAUGGUUCCGACAUUGCAAUUAAGGUCGGUGCACUCGACCAAGGUACAAUCAGGUCCGUCACGGUUGAAGGCGACGCAGCAAAGCCAGCAGACGCUGUUCCGGACCCAAUCGCAGUGGCCGAUAAAGGAAAUAGUGCUCCGACUGAUACGUAUACUAACCUCCCGCCAACUGACGAGAAUCCGCCUCAGUCAAUUGAGAGCUUAAAGCCCUCUCCGACGGCUCAACCAGCGUCGGCAGCGGGCGACGCAGGCAUUCAGGCAGAGGCAAAUGGAAUCCCCAGUGGUGACCGCGAUAACCGAAUGGAGGGAGUGAGGGAUAAUGUGGCGGAGAAGGCGGGAGAGGAAGUUACUAAGGAGAAUAAGGUAGGGGAGGGAGUGAUGUUGGAGGUUGGGGGAGAGGUGAAUGGAAAAAUGGGCGAAAACGGGCUGCAGAAGGAAGUUUCUGUGUUGGAGGGUGGGGAUGGUGUGAACAGUGGGGAGGUUGGCAAGGGUGGGAAAUGUAUUGAGCCGUUUGGAAGCCCGCCUGUGACGGAAGUUGGGACGCUGCAAAAGGGGCGGCAAUCGCCGGCAGAUAGCGAGAAUCUCAGGGGGGGCGAGGGGCAAGGUGAAAUGCGGGUGGUAGGAGAUGAACAGCAGCUAAACGGGCGACCACUGGCGGAGAAUGCGGAAAGAAAAGUGGCUGCGCGUACAGAGGAGGAGGAAGGGAAGCCCGAGAGUCAAGUUCCGGAAACGCCUCAGGAGCCCGAAGAGGGGCGAGGCGUUGAGAGGUCUCAAGAGGAGGGUGCGAGCAAGGGCGUUGAGGGGCUGGAGAGGCUGAAGGGGAAGGGCGCAGGGAGCUCUGCUAGGAAAGGCAGCAGCGGAGGGGGGAAAGGAGGGGAGGAUGAGAAGGAGGAAGAGGAGGAGGAGAGUGAGAGACCGAUGGGGUUGGAGGAGGCGAAGGCGCACCUGCUGCGGGUGGCAGCAGAGGGGUUUGAGCGGAAGCGCAGAGCAGAGGAGGAGGAGGACCCGCAGGUGACGGUGGGGGCGCUGCCUGUGAUUCCCGAGGGGGAUAAGGAAGGGGAGGAGACGGAUGAUGAGGAGGGGGUGGUGGGGUCGAUAAAGGGUGCUGGGAAGGUAAGGGUGGUGGAAGCAUCGUCGUACGGGCCAAUGGGGGACAAGAAGAGCAGCUCGCCAGACACUCUCCCAGACCGCCCACAUCUCUCCACACACAGGGAUGCUGCUUCCUCCCUCUCUGACUCUCCUGCUCCCCCCACCACCUCUUCUCCCUCUGUUGCUGCCGCUGCUGCUGCUGCUGGUACUGGUACCGCUCCCGCCUCUCCUCCCCUGUCAGCCUUUCCCCCGCGCAUGAACCCCAACAGCCCCUUGACCUUCAGUCUGGGUCUAUUCGGGGGCCCAAUAGACCUGGCCAUGACCUCCUCCUCCUCCCCCUCAAGCUCCCCUCACCCCUCCCGCUCCUCCUCCUCCGCCUCCCUUUCCGGCCCCACCUCCCUCUCCCUCUCCCUCGGUCCCGCCUGCGCCUCUGCCAACACUCCACCCCCAGUCUCCCUCCCAUCGUCUCUCACCGAAUCCCAAGUCAGCUCCUCCUCCCCGCCCUCGUCUCUCGCUCCUCAGCCCUACUCCCUUGCCGUUCCCGCCUCUCCUCGCACUAGCUUCCCUUACUCCAUGCCGGCCUCUCCCUCCUCUCUUGUGGUGCGGGAUGUGGACCAUGCAAAGAGGCAGCUCCUAGCAAUGGCAGGGGAGGCUAAGGAGCGGAUUGGCGGGCUCGAACGCCAGCUGGCGGCGCGGGACGCGGAUGUCGCCAGGCUGGAGGAUGAGGUGGCGGCGCUGCGCGCUGAGUCGGAGCGGCGAGAGGAGGAGGUGGCAAGGCUGAUGGAGAGGUUAAGGGAGCAGGAGGAGAGAUGGGCUGCUGCUGCUGCUGCUGCCGCUGCUGCUGCGGCUGGUGGCAUGAGCAGGGCAUCAGGGGGAGCAGCGGGAGGUACAAGCAGCAGCAGAGUAGGUCCAGCAGGCGGCAGGGCGGAAGACCAGAGAAGAAGGCUCGACCAGCAGCCGCCGCAGCAGGUGAUAUCUAGAACAAUUCUGCUGCAGAGGCAGCUGCAGGCUGCUGCUCCCAGGCCUGGGCGAGGGCCCCGGUGGCAGAGCUUAGAGCGGCGCCUGGAGCAGAAGGAUGAGGUGCUGGUUCGGCUCAUGGGGAUUGCCAAGGACCGGUGGCGGGAGGCUGGGGGGAGUUCCGGUGGUGGUAAUGGUGGAGAGAGUGUGGGGGAGGGGGGGAGUGAGGGAGGGGAUGGCACGGGGAGGAGUAGCUUGGAGGAGGAAGUGAGGAAGUUGUUGGAGUUCGCACUGAGGCACGGGGAGGAGGUGGAGGGGGUGCUUACGAGGGAAGAGCAGAAGCUCCAGGAGGUUUUUGAGGCAGCAGACAUUGCAGGGCUGAAGUGGGGUGUAGAUUCGGGGAUAGUUAGUUCCUGUGUAGAUGUGUCAGGGGCUGGUAGCAGUAGUGGAGACGGAGGGGCUUACGUGGUGUCUGGGCAAGAAGACCAAGGGGAGGAGGUUACAAGUGCCUCUCACUACCUAUCUGAGCGUGCAGACAGAGAAGCACCCAUUUCGUCGUCGAAAUCGCCAGGUUUCCCUCCAGCCAUGGCGUUCUCACUCCGUCUCCUCACCGCGAUCCUCGCUGUGAGCUUCAUGGCGGUCGUCGGCGCGCAGCGAGUGGACGUAUCGUUCAACCAGAACUUCGUCUUCCCGUCGUGGUGCAAGCCGCCCUUCUGCACGCUCUCGCCUAACGGCGGCAUCUCCCUCGCCGUCAGCCCUAAAUCCGUCGGAGUCUUUGAGUCCAAGGGCGUGUACAGCUACGGUAUCUACUCCGUGCGAAUGAAGCUCCCCGCGGGCUACUCGGGCGGCAUCAUCCCGUGCAUCUACCUCAUCACGCCCGGCGCCACGUCAUACAAGUCGAUCCACGACGAGAUCGACCUCGAGUUCCUCGGCGGCACGGACCCGCUCAAUAUCACCAUCCACACAAACCUCAUCACGGGCGGGCAGGUCAAGCUGGAGCAGUUCAAAUUCCCGUUCGACCCGUCCGCGGAUUUCCACACGUACUCGAUAGUGUACUCUCCGAUGUAUAUCAUGUGGAUGGUCGACGACUAUCCGAUACGCAUCACUGUCAACGAGACGGGCCAUCCGUUCCCGACGCUGCCCAUGGAAUUCAAGGCUUCGAUAUGGGACUCUUCGUCAUGGAGCUGGCUCAAGGCGAACUACAGCAACGGCCCCAUUCAAGCGCAGUACCGCGAGUUUGACUUCUCCCGUGCCUGCCAAAUGCCUCAGGAUCUCUCUGAACCGCCCUCCAUGGCAGGGAUGCGAGUGGUGGUGGCGGACACGAGUCUAACAGCGCUGGAUCGCUGCACGGACAGCAUCAAGCACUCGCUGGGCCGGCUCGUCAGCAAGGGACGCCUGGAUGAGGCAGCAGCGGCGGCAGCAGUGGCGCGCAUCCGCACCACUCCAGAACUAACCCCCUUGGAGCAGGCAGACUUCAUAGUCGAGGCCGUAGCAGAGAGCGAGGCGGUGAAGCGCAACGUGAUUGGGCGGCUAGACGGCAUCGCCCCGCACCAUGCCGUGCUGGCGAGCAACACGUCAUCCAUCUCUAUCACUCGCCUUGCUGCUGCCACCAGUCGACCCGAUCAGGUGAUCGGCAUGCACUUCAUGAAUCCACCUGUCAUCAUGUCAUUGGUGGAGGUGGUGCCAGGUCUCGCCACGUCAGACCACACAUUGCACCUCACCAAGGGCCUUGCGUACAGGUUCGGGAAGGCAGUGUGUGAGGCGCGGGACUACCCGGGGUUCAUAGUGAAUCGCCUGCUCAUGCCCAUGAUUAACGAGGCAUUCUAUGCUCUGCUGGAGGGAGUGGGCACGGCGCAGGACAUUGAUACAGGGAUGAAGCUGGGUACUAAUCAGCCCAUGGGACCGCUACAUCUGGCGGACCUGAUAGGGCUGGACACAUGUGUGGCCAUCAUGCGAGUGCUGCAUGCGGGAUUAGGAGACGCCAAGUACCGCCCCUGCCCGCUGCUCGUGCAAUAUGUUGAUGCGGGGUGGCUGGGUCGCAAGAGCGGGCGUGGCGUGUACGAGUAUCCGACACAGGAGGAAGGGGGAAGGGAAGGGGAGGGGGAGGGUGGGGAGAAGGUGGUGAGAGGGAGACAGCUGCCGGGUAGACGGGCUGGGCACUAG